CUGUGUGGAAACUGCGAGGAGUCGCGCACGGCGGCCUGGGAGGCGUGGCGAUUGUGUCGUCAUCGCCGCGGGGCGGGGCGACCGUGUCUAGGGAGAGGUCCGCGUGUUGCCAACGCCGGCUGAAGCGCUGGGAGGCAGAGUGAGUGCAAUCCGCCGCUUGCGCUUCCCUGUGCUCCGCCUACGUGGAGUCCCGCGUGGAGAUGGCAGACGAUCUUGGAGACGAGUGGUGGGCGAACCAGCCCGCAGAAGCACCCAGCAGCCCAGAUAAACUGGGGACCAAGAGAAAUUGCCAUGAUGGCCUGUAUCCAGAGAAGCCAAAGACUGGACCUCCUGAGUUGUGAUUAAAUAUUUCCCAGAUGCUCCACACCUUACCCCAACCAACAAAUCAACAAAGAAGUGUCAGAUGGUGAAGGAAGAGGAGACACAGAAAUGCUGCCACAGGAAACAACUCCAGUUCCUUCUCUGUUGAAGAAAACCAAACAGCCUACAGAAUGUUUCUUGAUACAACCAAAGGAAACAAAAGAAGAUGCCACCAAGACCAGAAAGAGGAGGAAGAAAAAAAUUACUGAUGUUCUUACAAAAUCAGAGCCCAAACCAGGGACACCUGAGGACCUACAGAAGCUGAUGAAGGACUAUUACAGCCGCACUCGCUCAGUGAUUGAAUUAGAGGAACUAAACCUGCCAGACUCCUGUUUCCUCAAGGCUAAUGAUUUGACUCAUAGUCUUUCCUCAUACCUAAAAGAAAUCUGCCCUAAGUGGGUAAAACUUUGGAAAAACCAUAGUGAGAAGAAAUCGGUCCUGAUGCUGAUCAUCUGCAGCUCUGCCAUCCGAGCCCUGGAGCUCAUGAGGUCAAUGACAGCAUUCAGAGGAGACAGCAAAGUUAUGAAAUUAUUUGCAAAACACAUAAAGGUCCAGGAGCAGGUAAAGCUGCUGGAGAAGCGUGUCAUGCACCUGGGUGUAGGAACUCCAGGGAGGAUUAAAGAGCUUGUUCAACAAGGUGGCCUUAAUUUGAACCCCUUAAAGUUUCUGGUUUUUGACUGGAACUGGAGAGAUCAGAAGUUGAGGAGGAUGGUGGACAUUCCCGAGAUAAGAAAGGAGGUUUUUGAACUUCUGGAAAUGGGAGUCCUUAGUCUGUGCAAGUCAAAAUCUUUGAAGCUGGGCCUUUUCUAAAUCUGGGUCCUAAUGAAAAUCCAUUUUCAUGGCGGGCUUUGCAUGUAGUUUAAUGGCUCUGGUACAUUGCAAGCACUCAGUGAAUACCAGGUAUUGUUUUAUUGUGUUAACUGCAUCACCAGAUGGAUCACUGGGAAUGUGUGAUGGAGACUGACAAAAAUGAAGCCGUCCUUCACCAACUCCCUUGUAUAAUAAAAUAUCACUGGUUUAUGUGUGA